CCCACCCCACCCCACCCAUCUUGCCCCUCCCUGACUCACCUCAAGUCCCAUUGACACAAACAAAAAUUUCAGCACAACCCACUCCAACCGGUUUGGCCGAGGCGUGCAGCCUGUCAUGGGGACAGAGACAGGUAUAAGUGGAUGCUUGGAUGCAUGCAGUUCAUGCAGAACAUCCGCUGCUGUGCAGACAGAUAGUCCCACAUAUGUGUAUAGCAUGUGUGUGUACAGAGAUACAUAGGGAACACAUGCUGGUAGUAUAUAGCAUGUUCUAGUUUCUGUGUCUGUCUCUCCUGAUUUGAGGGCUCCUUGAGGGCAGGGACUAUGUGUUAUGUGUCUGGGUCUCCUCCCUUGAGUCUGACACAUAGUGGUACUCACUAUGCCUGGGUGCAGGGGUGCACGCAGCAAUGCCACUCAGACAAACACACAUGAUAAAGACACUAUCGUGGCUUGAAUUGUUCUCAUUCUCAGGGCCCAGCAUAUGGGUGGGAGGAGGAUAGGAGUGAGGCAUGAGGGGAAUGGAAUUCAACGCAGAAGAGAGAACUGAACCAGGAUACCAAGCAUUGGUCUUGAAAAUCUUCCUCAUCCAAUAUUUCCUUCCAGCCCCCAUCCUAGAAUAUGCCUUCCCCAGCCUUCAUCCUAGGAGAGAGUAGGAAAGGCCUAAGUUUGAGGGCAUAUUCUCCAAGAGCAUGGCCCGUGUGAGACAUGCAGGGCUGAGGGAAGGAGGAGACAGAGGGACUUGAGAUAGAUACUUGUGAAAAGAGGAGAGAGAGAUCCCUACCUCCACCAAAGGCCUGGAGAGGGCUGCCAGACUCCAGGGUUCCUCUCAGGCCCUGUGGUGCCCUUAGCCUACUUCACAGCUGCCUCUGAUGUUUACUGGGACCCAAACAUACCCAUGAAAAAAUGAGUACGGCCAUACCCUAAGACCACCUCUGGACAGUUGUGCCUCCCUUCCGUGCUCCAUACGGCUAGAGCUCAGGGUGAGUGAUUGAGGGGCCCAGCCAGGGGUUCACAGAUAUCCUGAUUGGUAGCACUUUCACAGGCAUGUACUAUGAAUGGAUAGGCUGAAGGAGAUUGGAUCCCCAUCUUGUGAUCCAACUGCUUUCCCAGUCCCAUGCCUCAGUUUCUCCUGUGGCUUCCUCUACCUGGAAGGGUGAAUCCGUGGGAAGGAAAGCAGCUCCUCCAAAAGCAUGUGCAAGGAUCCAAGGUGUGAUAAUUAUAAUUAUAACACAGGAUGCUCCCCCUCCCAUUCCCGCUGGCCCUACUCCACCUCUGCCACAGUGGAUCUCAAAGCAGCAUCUGGGUGCGGCUGUUCCUUUGGCACAGGUGGGGACUUGAAAGGGGAAGGGGUUAGAGGUGGAGAGAAACUGGGGAGUUCUGGCAUCCAGGCUGCCUUUAAGUAUGUCUGACCUGCAGGAAAUAGUCCCUGAAGAAGAGGUAACUGCCAUGGUCAUUGCUGAGAGUUGGGAUCUAGAGCCAGAGUUGGGGUCACAGUCCAGGUCAUGACCCUGACUCACAGCCAGUCAGGAUCUCUGCUUUACUGAUCCUACUUCAUUCACCACCUUUUCCAUCUGGACAGCUCGUUUAUUCAGAAAUUCAGGCCUUCACCAAAAUGUCUUCAGUUCCCAGGAAAUGCUGUGGCCUGUCCUAGCGUGGAAGACUGAGACAAGAUUACAAAACAAGCCCGACGUUCAAGGUGUUCGUUCACAGGCUACAACUCUUGCCCUGUCCCACAAUUUAAUACAUUUACGGAACCCCUGGCACACAGCAGGCCUCAAUCAGUGUUUUUUUUUUUUUGACUUGAAGCUUACAAUUUAGUUAAGGAGAUAAGAUGUGCACAAAUGAUGAGCACAUAAGCUAUAAUAAAAGGACUAGCAAAGGCUGAGGAAGAACAGAAGAAAGAUUAAUUUGGGUGGGAGGAGCAGAGAAAGCUUCACGAAGAUGUGGCAUUUGAGGUUGGCUUUGAAAGAUGAAUAAGAGUCUUACAGGUUGAGUUGGUGUGCUGGUGGUAGAAAAUCCACAUGGGGGCCGGGCGCGGUGGCUCAGCCUGUAAUCCCAGCACUUUGGGAGGCCGAGGUGGGUGGAUCACGAGGUCAAGAGAUUGAGACCAUCCUGGUCAACAUGGUGAAACCCCGUCUCUACUCAAAAUACAAAAAAUUAGCUGGGCAUGGUGGUAUGUGCCUGUAGUCCCAGCUACUCGGGAGGCUGAGGCAGGAGAAUUGCUUGAACCCAGAAGGCGGAGGUUGCGGUGAGCUGAGAUCGCACCAUUGCACUCCAGCCUGGGUAACAAGAGCGAAACUUCGUCUCAAAAAAAAAAAAAAAAAGAAAAAGAAAGAAAAUCUGCAUGGAAUGACCCUUCCUUUAGGCUUCUGUAUUCCUCCUUUCUGCCUCCUCCAGAUGGAAGGGUCCUAUUGUGGAACUUUAAUCUAUAUUUUUUUCUUCUCCCAUAUCUAUCGCUAUAUUUACCUGGUUCUUUUUUUUUAGUCCUAGUCUGCAAGAGCUUGCUCCUUCUCUUCACUACAUUUUCAGUGGGCUGAGAAUAUGCCCUCUUCCUCUGGCUAUUCCAGGGAGGCCGGUAAGGUUUGGUGUAACUUGGCAGUCACAUUUGAUGCAUUCAGAAUGGAAAGACAUGGUCUGACAAGGAUGAACGUACUUACAGGAAUACAGGGCCAGAGUGCUUGAAAUUAAGAUCAUCUUUGCAAAAUCCAGACCUGUGGUUUUGUACAAUCACCUUGGAGUAAAAUGGGUAAAAAGACCUUGGAGGCUGGGCACAGUGGCUCAUGCUAUAAUCCCAGCACUUUGGGAGGCUGAGGUGGGUGGAUUAUGAGGUCAGGAGUUUGAGACUCGCCUGGCCAAUAUGGUGAAAUCCCGUCUCUACUAAAGAUACAAAAACAUAGCCGGGUGUGGUGGUGGGCACCUGUAAUCCCAGCUACUUAGGAGGCUGAGGCAGAAAAAUCGCUUGAACCAGGGAUUUGGAGAGCUGAGAUCGCGCCACUGGACUCCAGCCUGGUGACAGAACGAGACUACAUCUAAAAAAACAAAAGAGACCAUGGAGAUGGUAGAGCGGAACCUUUCUCCUCAGGUUGUGCUGCUGCAGUUUUGGGACUCCUGGCCAGGUAACAAGGUGUUGAAGCUGAGAGAGGGCCCUGAUAGGGAAGCCAGGAACCUGUAGGGCUAAUUUCUUGGCCUCUCCUAUGUGGAGUUGGGGUUAGAUAAGUUACAUAAGCUCUUUCUCAGGGGUCUUUGAACUACUUCCCUACCUCAGGGAUAGAGGUGUCUGAGCAAACCGUGAGACUCCUCUGGCAAGGCCCUCCCCACUCUGGGCCUCGGCUCUCUCAUCUGAAGAAUGAAGUAUAUAGGCGAGCGCUGAUAGACUCCUCCUCAGUUCUGGCCUUCUCUGAUUCUAUGGCUCCAAAGCUCAGACCCUCCAGGAGAUCCAGGAACUUGUCAAGGCCCCCAGGAGGUAGCAAGGCUAGCUGGGGUAUGGGACGCUUGGGUUCCUUUCUACCCACAAGGGCCCUGCCCCCAUUCAUCCUGGCCUGGCCUGGUGCCCUGGGCCUCCCUUUGCCCCCACCCUUGCCUCUCCCUUCACAACCUCUUCCACAUACUUACAGGUAAAGCCUGGAGCUGAGGAUGGGACCCCACCGCCCCCACCCAGGUCCUUCCCUCCUUCCCUCCCUCCCUGGCGCCCAUUAGCUAGCCCAGGCCAUGGGGGUGGUGACUGCUGAGUCUCCGUGCCAGGCCCAGCCCCCAGAGACGCACCUGUUCUGACCUGCUGAGCAGGUUCCCAGGUUUCUGCCAUCGUUGUUGGCCACGGCGUGGGAAGCAGCUCUGGGGGAGCUCGGAGCUCCCGAUCACGGCUUCUUGGGGGUAGCUACGGCUGGGUGGGUAGAACAGGGCCGGGGCCGUGUCCCCUAGUGGAGACCCAAGUGAGAGAGGCAAGAACUCUGCAGCUUCCUGCCUUCUGGGUCAGUUCCUUAUUCAAGUCCGCAGCGGCUCCCAGGGAGAUCUCAGUGGAACUUCAGAAACACUGAGCAGUCUGCCUUUCAGCCAUGCCCCUGUCCCUGGGAGCCAAGAUUUGGGGGCCUGAAGCUGGGCUGCUGCUGCUGCUGCUGCUGCUGGCAUCGUUUACAGGUAAGACUUGCCUGAACCAUCAGGACACUUGCUUCUGAGCCCAACCCGGCACUGACACACAUGCACAAACACAUAGACACACACGCACGCACACAAACAUUCUCCUUCCUUCGACUCUGAACUCAGAGCCAGUCUCUCUCUCCCAGUGCCAGCUUCCAGCAGUGCCCACAGAAAAGCCAGUAGAGUCCUUCCACUUCAUGUUUCCUCCCAGCCCUGAGGCCAGGUCACUAUGUUUGGGAUCCCUGACACCUCUGCCUUGCCUAGGCCUGAGCUGUCUUGGGGAAUAGAUGUGGUGACCCAGUGCAGGUGGGCAGGGAGGUGGGAAUUGUGAGGAUCCUGUUCACCCCAGGGUUUCCAGAGGUGCCUUGGCCUACCCGCUGGGCUCUGGAACGGCUGCCUGGAACUGGGACUGACUCAGGGCUCAGCUGGUCUCUGUAGUCAUCAGGGUGCAGGAAGCCUGAUGCCCAGAGAGUAGUUGGGGGAUUUCUAUUUCCUUCUCUUCUCUCCAUAAUGAUCUAGAACACCAGGACUGGGGCACCUGUUGGGGACUAUGGGAGAGCUGAGAACGUCUGUCACUCUGGCCCCUCCCUUUUUCUGGGCACAGUAUUAGGUGCCAGGGUGGUAAUGAGGGGGUUUAGAUGGGUGGGGGUCUAAGGUGGGAAACCUUCUGGCUCGGGUGUAGUUCUCUUUUGUUCAUCUCCUGGUACCCCAUUGUCGAACUAGAUGCCUUGUAUUACUCCUCACCUCCCGCCUGUCUAAUGUAUAUAGAGCAAAUAUGAAUUCUCAGAAUGUAUAAUCUUCAGAGUGGAGGAGAGCGUGUGUGCACAGUGAGACCUCAGUGGGAUUCCAUAGGCUGUUCCUAAGGUAAUGAGUAACUGAGAAAUCUUUCUCCUUCAAAAGAUGGGGCCUGAUCUGAACAGCACAGUUUGAUUAUCAGCCCCAGGAGCAGUAGUGAGAGAGCCUCAGUUGCCCAGCAAGAUCUAGCAGUGAUUUCCCUACCUCCGUCUCCAGCUGGAGCUCUCAGGAGGGUAAUAAGGCCUAGAUAUGUGGGUUGGUGAAGGUAUGGGCUGCUCCCAUUCUGCUUUCUUUUUCUUUUUUUUUUUUUUUUGAGAUGGAUUCUUACUCUGUCGCUCAGGCUGGAGUGCAAUGGCAUGAUCUCAGCUCACUGCUACCACCGCCUCUCGGGUUCAAGCGAUUCUCCUGCCUCAGCCUCCUGAGUAGCUGGGAUUACAGGCUUGUGCCACCACGCCCAGCUAAUUUUUGUAUUCUUUUUAGUAGAGACAGGGUUUCACCAUGUUGACCACAAUGGUCUUGAACUCCUGACCUCAUGAUCUGCCCACCUUGACUUCCCAAAGUGCUGGGAUUACAGGCAUGAGCCACCGCUCCUGGCCCCACUCUGACUUUACAAUAAAUAGGUCAUGGGCCCAGCCUCUAGUCACAGGAUACUGAGCUCUCCCCCUGCCAUCCCCUCACAGUCCCCUACCAUCUGUGUUUUAAUUCCCAUCUUCCAGAUAAGCCCUUCUCACUUGUUUAAGGCAAAAAGGUGGGGCCUAGUUGCUGCAGUCAGGGAACCCAGCAGGCACUUUCCUGUGGGAUCUACCCACACCUAAAGAGAGGAGUCAUGCGAUCUCAGGACUUGGAAGAGAUCAGAGAGAUCACCACUUCAACUCUCUCAUUGUACAGAUGAAAAAACGGUAGGGCAAGUGAGAUCUGCAAGAUUACUCAAUGUUAGAAGUAGACACACGCAUGCAUGCACACGAACACCUUUCCUGUGACUCUGAACUGAGGGGCCAAUCUCUCUCUCCCACCCCCAGCUUCCAGCAGUGUCUCCAGAAAAGCCAGUAGCCCUUCCCCUUCAUGUUCCCUCCCAGUCCCCAGCCUGGGUCACUAUGUCUGGGAUCCCUGAUUACCUCUGCUCUGUGUUUGGAGCAUAACGAGGGUUAGUGACUUGGUCUUCUGACUCAAGAGUUCAUUGAAGAAUAGUACAUUUGAGUGAACACUGGGUACAGCCUGGAUACUAGAUGCUGGAGAUGCAGUGGUGAAUGCAUCACAUGGUCCUUGCCUUCCUUUUCCAUGAAGGAAAAACUGUUCUUACUAAGAGAAGCCAAGGGAAGAGGAAAGGAGACCCACUUCUAGUUAGACCCCAUGCAAUGCCUGACAGGAAGGAAGAAAGCCUGGCCCCAGCUUGCCCCACGAAGUUGGAACCUGGUAGGAGGCCACUCUGCUACUGCUGAAGCUAUCAUCUGCACAGAAAUGAGGUUGCUUUGGGGUCUGGAGACUUCCAGCCUGAGGAUCAGAUGGUCCCACCUCCACUACCACCACCAUUCUGGCUCUUCUGUGUGUGGACAUCUCCUUAAGAGCUCCUAGGAACCUGGAAUGUUUCAUGUCUCUGAGGAAUCCUUGGACUGGGAAGUCAGGAGUCUUGGGUCUAUGUCCUGUUUCUGCUAUUAAUCUGUUUGGUUACCUUGGGCAGCUACAAAACCAGACUUCAGUAGACCAAGAUGAUCUCUACUGGCCUUCCAGCUCUGUAAUACAAUGACUCUAUGAUGGUCCAGCCCUGGCUGAAGCAGGGUGCUGGGGUGUUGGAAGAGCCACCGGCUCUGGCUGUGGAGAUAGAAGCGGGGAAGGGUUCUCGGCCUGUCUCUCAGAGGGUACCAGAGUACCUUUCCCCAGGAUACUGCCUUCCUGGCCCUACUGCAAAUUCACCCCCCACCCAAAUCCUGGGCCAAAUCCUGGGCCCUAGGAGCUCUGAGCCCCAGGGCCCUGCCCCACCCCUGUCAGGGAAAGGAGCCCAGGCUUGGGAGGUGCCUCAGCACCACAGCUCUUUGUCUCUCCUUAAAGGGAUAAGUUUCCGGGUGAGGUCUCCUCCCUUCUCCCUCCCCCAUCUCUUGCCCUGGGGCUGAGGGACCCAAAUCCAUGAGACACCCCUCCCCCAUUAGGAUCCUAGUCCCCAGCUCUUUGUCUGGGUUCAGGAACCCUGCAGGACCAGAGGGCCAGUGGUGCUCUGAAUUCUGAGGUCUGCCUUCUUGGGGUUAGGAUCAGCUUUCUGUCUAAGGUUAGUUUCCUAGAAAAGGAGGGGCCCAUCCUUUCUACUCCUGUUUACAAAGGGGGGGCAGGCCCUUUCCUGUAGGACCUACCCAAACCUGGGGAAGCCAGCAAGGGAGGUGGUGAGAACGGGGAGAAUCCCAGGGAAGCCCUGUGACCCCGGUGACCUUGUUCCCACCCUAGUGUUUAAGGAAGAUGGGCCACAGCUAGAGAUGGCGGUGAGGAGCUUAGAGUUCAUGAUUCCAUCAGGCAGACCAGAGCCUCAGGAUCCAGGGCUCCUCUAGGCAAAGUGAAUGGGGGAUUAGCUGCUUUGGGGCACAAACCCAGUGAGGAGAGGAUGAUUGGAUGUUCUUGCCUCUAAAAAUUUACCUUUGCUCUGACCGAAGUCUAGGCAGAGAGAAGGGAUGGCGGUGAUGUGAAGUGGUCACACCACUGCACUCCAGCUUGGGUGACAGUGAGACUCUGUGUCAAAAAAAAAAAAAAGAGGAGGUGAAGUUCAGAACUGGGGAGGCAUCUGCCGUGCCUCCUGGAGGAAGGCUGUGGAGAGGGCGGCUGGGGCCAUUCUUUCACUAGGACAGGCAGCCUGUGGCCUCAAGAGCUUUUCUCAUCAUUUUCUGGCCACCCCCACCCGCUUCCCUCUAAAUUUAGUGUUUCCUGAGAGUUGGAGUUGAGGCUGUGACUUGGGAGGGGCAGACCUGGCUACAGUGGGUGGAGAGGCGGUAUGGAGCAGAGGCUAGGAUCCCAGGAGUUUGGGAGAAACUGAAUGCUGGGUCUCCCACCCACAGUGUGGCUGUUGUGGUGACUCAGCCAGGCUCAGACUCUGGCUCCUGGGGGUUUAGGGGACUUAUCUGUGUGCUGGGAGCUGUGUCUGGGCCAGAGCUGGGGCUGCCUCAAGGCCUGUCCUCCCCAUUGUUCUCAUCUCCCUUUGUGAUUGUGUGGCCCCCCUCCCCAGACACUAAUCUGUGGGUGGGCAUUUUGCCCAGGCUGGGAAGCUCUCACUAAGCUGGGGGGCUUAGGACAAUGGGGGGUAACUGAGGGAGGUGGAUGAAGGCAGAGAGGGAAUCUUCUGGUUUCUAAAGUUCCUUAGCACUCCAAGGCCAAGGUCAUGGGGGAAAGAGUGGAUGGAAAAGGGUUUGCUGGGCUGUGCAUGUCACCUGUCCUGGAUGGGGAGCUUCUGUGUGUCCCUCCCGGGUCCCUUCUCACCCCAAACUCAGCCACAUACUCCAGCUCUUGGGUAGAGGCUGUUGCUGUGGGGUAAGGGGAGGCAGGAGUUAACAAAGGAGCCUGAGACCCUAGACAGCUUGGACCCCUCCCCCUAGCCUGAGGCAGGAUUCCCCCCACUCCCCCCAAAACCACACCAGACAACCCUUACCCAGGCCUGCAGCCAGAGCUGGUUUUUCUGGUGGUGGCAGCAGCAGAGUCCUGACAGAGAUUCCCAGGGAGAGGCCUCCUUGGGGGGCCAGAGCUGCUGAGGGCCCAGGGGAGUGGCUGGGGGUAGUGGUGAGAAGGGUGGGAGUCCUUUUAUUAGGAACCUGAGGAGCAAGGGCAGAGCAAGCACUUGUUUUGUUCUGCUGGGGAGCCCUUAAUGGCAAGUUCCCAUCACCUGGAGGGACAGUGACCUCAUCUCUGGGUACUUCCACCUUGAGCCUGAGAUGAAUCUUUCCUCAAGUCUUGGGGUGAGGUGGGGAGGGAUGCUGGGGGUGACAUUCCAGGCAUGCAGAGGUGAAGGCUCAGAGCCACAUGCCACUGACCAAGGGCAGCUGAGACAGAGACAUAUGUGAAAGCCAAGAUAAACUGACAGCAAAAUAUUUACUAUAUGUGCAGAGUUCCGCGAGACAAGAAUGCGCUGCGUGCAUACAGAGGGUGUGACGUGCACACGGAAUGGUGUGUGCACACACGUUCUCACAUACUCAUACAUAGCUCUUUCCUCUGGACACAGACAAGUAUGGCUAUGUCCUUAAGAGAAGACAUGAACACGUAUAUGUGCCAAACACCCACCAGUUUAUGCAAGGAGAUAGCUUCACAUGGGUGUGAACCAGCGCUAAGACUGGCCAGGCUCUCAGCCACAGAUCCCCAUACACAAAAGACUCAUACUCUCUUCCUCCUUGUCAGAGACCCACUUUUGGGACCCCUACAUUUACCCUUGUAAGUACCAACAGGGGAUACUGAUGGAGAAAGGCCCCUCAUAAAGAAAAGACACUUCCUUAAAGAUGCUCUUGAUGGCUGGGUAUUGGCAAGUGUCAGCCUCAGUUUCCCCUCCUGAGAUCAGAGGCCAGGCUCACACUGAAAGGAAAGUUGGGACCCAGGCAUAGGGUGCGGAACAGCCAGCCAGCCCAAACCAGGAAUGGAGGGCCUGUCUGGGAGCGGGCGGGGUACACAAAGGGCUGAGCUCUAAAGAGGCCCGUGGGGGCCUGGCCGGGGUGGGGGAGGCCAAGGGCAGGGAUCCCGUCUGGCCAGUUGGGCCUGUUCUCUCCCUUGCGCAAGGUGGUGGUGGCUGUGGCUAGGCUUGCUGCUGUGCUGCAGCUUCUGAGUCACCAAGGCUCCUGACCAGCGUCCUGGUGCUCCAGGGAGGUGGGGUGGGAGGGUCAGAGGGAGGAGUGCCCAACCAGCCAGAGUCCACCAGCCUCAGCAAACAAUUUGCAACAGAAGGGUCCGUGGGCUUGGCCUGGCCUGGCCACCACAUGCCCUCAAGGUGAACUUACCAGGCAGGCAAUGUGUCUCCUUUGGUCUGAUGACAUCAUCAUGCUGACGCCAGGCUGACACUGGGUGGAGGAGAGGAGGAGGCAGUCCUGGCCUGCCCUGGCCUGGAAGCCUGGACUCCUGGGUCUGCUUAGCCAGGGACAGGGAUUCUAGAGCCCAAAUUCUGUUUUCUCUCCUCUUGUACCCUAGGGUGGUAGGGGGGUACGCAACUGGAGGAGGGUGUUGCCUCAGGCUGAGAUGCUCCUAAAUAGUGGAUUUAGAACAAUGAGGAUCUGUGGGAGAUACCCAGAAGGGAAUUUCCUGUUUUACUGGGUUCCUCAUCUGCAAAGUUUCAGUUUGUCCCCUAGGGGUGGGAUCGUGGACUCACAGGUGAGAACAUGGAGGAUCGCGAUUCGGGCAUGCACUGGAUACCUAACGCCUGCUGUGCCCCAAGAAGGAUGGCAUCUCACUUUGUUGCCCAAGCUGAAGUGCAGUGGCAUGAUCUCAGCUCACUGCAACCUCCACCUCCUAGGUUCACCAAUUCUCCUGCCUCAGCCUCUGGAGUAGCUGGAGCAACAGGCGGGUGCUCAGCGGGUGAGCUGGAGACUUUGGACGUGGUGACUGUGGUCCUGGGCCAGGACGCAAAACUGCCCUGCGUCUAUCGAGGGGACUCCGGCGAGCAGGUGGGGCAGGUGGCGUGGGCUCGGGUGGACACGGGCGAAGGCGCCCAGGAGCUAGCGCUACUGCACUCCAAAUACGGGCUUCAUGUGAGCCCGGCUUACGAGGGCCGCGUGGAGCAGCCGCCGCCCCCACGCAACCCCCUGGACGGCUCGGUGCUCCUGCGCAACGCAGUGCAGGCGGACGAGGGCGAGUACGAGUGCCGGGUCAGCACCUUCCCCGCUGGCAGCUUCCAAGCGCGGCUGCGGCUCCGAGUGCUGGUGCCUCCCCUGCCCUCACUGAAUCCUGGUCCAGCACUGGAAGAGGGCCAGGGCCUGACGCUGGCAGCCUCCUGCACAGCUGAGGGCAGCCCAGCCCCCAGUGUGACCUGGGACACGGAGGUCAAAGGCACCACAUCCAGCCGUUCCUUCAAGCACUCCCGCUCUGCCGCCGUCACCUCAGAGUUCCACCUGGUGCCUAGCCGCAGCAUGAAUGGGCAGCCAUUGACCUGUGUGGUGUCCCAUCCUGGCCUGAACCAGGACCAAAGGAUCACCCACGUCCUCCACGUGUCCUUCCUUGCUGAGGCCUCUGUGAGGGGCCUUGAAGACCAAAAUCUGUGGCACGUUGGCAGAGAAGGAGCUAUGCUCAAAUGCCUGAGUGAAGGACAGCCCCCUCCCUCAUACAACUGGACACGGCUGGAUGGGCCUUUGCCCAGUGGGGUACGAGUGGAUGGGGACACUUUGGGCUUUCCCCCAUUGACCACUGAGCACAGUGGCAUCUACGUCUGCCAUGUCAGCAAUGAGUUUUCCUCGAGGGAUUCUCAGGUCACCGUGGAUGUUCUUGCAGACCCCCAGGAAGACUCUGGGCAGCAGGUGGACCUAGUGUCGGCCUCGGUGGUGGUGGUGGGUGUGAUCGCCGCCCUCUUGUUCUGCCUUCUGGUGGUGGUGGUGGUCCUCAUGUCCCGAUACCAUCGGCGCAAGGCCCAGCAGAUGACCCAGAAAUAUGAGGAGGAGCUGACCCUGACCAGGGAGAACUCCAUUCGGAGGCUGCAUUCCCAUCACACGGACCCCAGGAGCCAGCCGGAGGAGAGUGUAGGGCUGAGAGCCGAGGGCCACCCUGAUAGUCUCAAGGACAACAGUAGCUGCUCUGUGAUGAGUGAAGAGCCCGAGGGCCGCAGUUACUCCACGCUGACAACAGUGAGGGAGAUCGAAACACAGACUGAACUGCUGUCUCCUGGCUCUGGGCGGGCCGAGGAGGAGGAAGAUCAGGAUGAAGGCAUCAAACAGGCCAUGAACCAUUUUGUUCAGGAGAAUGGGACCCUACGGGCCAAGCCCACGGGCAAUGGCAUCUACAUCAAUGGGCGCGGACACCUGGUCUGACCCAGGCCUGCCUCCCUUCCCUAGGCCUGGCUCCUUCUGUUGACAUGGGAGAUUUUAGCUCAUCUUGGGGGCCUCCUUAAACACCCCCAUUUCUUGCGGAACAUGCUCCCCAUCCCACCGACUGUUCGACCUUCACCUCCAGCCUUCUGUUCAUCGGGAGGUCUCCACCGAUUGAAUCUCUCCCACCAGGCGUGCAGGUCACUGUGUGUGCGUGUGCACGUGCCUGUGAGUGUUCACUGACUGUGUGUGGGGGCGACUGUGUCCGUGGUGUGUACUGUGCUGUCAGAUCACAGUCAAGUGAAUUGUGGUGUCUGUGCCACAGGGUUUGAGUGGCUGUGUGGGGAACACUAUCGGCGUUUGGCAUGUGUGUGGCUGUAUGUGACCUCUGCCUGAAAAAGCAGGUAUAUUUUUCAGACCCCAGAGCAGUAUUAAUGAUGCAGAGGUUGGAGGCAAGAGGUGGAGACUGUGGGUCAGACCCAGGUGUGCGGGCAGAGCUGGAGCUGGAUCUGCCUCCGGUGUGAGGGAGCCUGCCUCCUGCCACUUGGGAGCGCUGGGGACAAGUGUGAAGCGGCCAGUCCCUGGGUCAGCCAGAGGCUUAUGGAAGAAGUCCUCUGCCCUCUGGUGGCCUCUGGGCCUGCUGCAUGUACAUAUUUUCUGUAAAUAAACCUGCACUGGGAGCUUCUUGUAGGAAUACUGCUCCGAAUUGUUUUUAAUUUUUUCUUUUUUUUUUCUUGCCCUUUCCAAUAGUUGUAUUUUUUAUUUAUUUUUAUUUUUAUUUUUUAGAGAUGGGGGGGGGUCUCACUAUGUUGCUCAGGCUGGCCUUGAACUCCUGGACUCAAGCAAUCCUCUUGCCUCAGCCUCCCUAAUAGCUGGGACUUUAGGUGUACACCACUGUGCCUGCUUUGAAUCCUUUAUAAGAGAAAUGAAAUUAUCACAUGUUUACUUCUGGGAUUGCUUAAAGUGAGCCCCCCCCACAACACCAGGGGGGUUAAUUCCUGUGAUUGUGAAAGGGGCUCCUUCUAAGGCAUCUCUAUGCGCAUCCCCUUGGGAGGGCGCCUGAGAGCUGGUGGAGUCUGGAAUUAGGGAUGUGAGCCUCGUGAGGCUGAAGUUGGUAAGGUAAAGUUGCAUCCAUAGUUGUUUGUGAUACCCUGGGGAGUUGCUUGAACUUGGUGACAAGGCUCCUGUUCAAUGGUGGUGUGGGAGAGAGAGAGAGAGCAGUGAUUAUAGACUGAGAGAGUAGUUCAGGUGAGGUAAAAGAGGUGCUGGGGGUGAGAACGUCGCCUUUCACUCUGGGUUUCUGGAUCACUAAUUCAAGGCUCUUCUGGAUGUUUCUCUGGGUGUGGGAUGGAGUUCUAUGAGGUUUAUUUUUAGCUGGCCUACCCAGAUACACUCAGCAGAAUACCUAGAUUCAGUACCAAAACCCUUCUUAGUCUGAAAUCUGCUGGAUUUCUGGCCUAAAGGAGAGGCUCCCAUCCUUUGUUCCUCAGCCAGCCUAGUACUUUGAAUGCGGAGACUGAAGAUCUAAGAUCCUAAUAUGUACAUUUUGUGUAAAUAUGUGCAUAUUUGUACAUAAACAAUAUUCUGUUUUUAAAUAAACAGACAAAACUUG